UCAUUGGACUGUUUUAGAGCACACAACAGAGAGCAAAAUACUCGAUAGAAAUUUCAGUUUUCAUUUAAUUUUCUUGACCAAACACCGUCAACUGCCUUUUAAAUUGUUUGUCAUGUAGCUUGGCGCUGCAAUGUGCAUAUAUUCCUAUAUUAUUAUCAUUAUCGUCGUUCUGGUGAUUAUCGGAAUAAUUUUGCUGCACGCUCUCAAGGUCGAAUAGGAAUGUCGCAACCCGGUGUUAUCAGCAUAUUGACAUGGAAGGCUGCCCAAACGCGAAUUCAGCAUUUAAGCGAAUCACGUCGUGGCAUGGUACUGCAUUUCUCGACUGGAAACAAAGCUGUGGAGAUGCGUCUAAGCCUAACCCACUAUAUAAGCCUAUUCAUGCUGCUGAUCUGUGGCCAGGCGCUAGUGAUCGCCCUACCACAGGGUCCGUGCGGUCCACCGCCCAGUGGAUCGCCGCCUCGUGGACCGCCGCCGUCGGGUCCACCACCUGACGACCGCUGCCCACCACCAACGUCGACUACCGUCGCCUCGGGUUAAGCGGGAAACGCAAACUUUCGGAUUGAAAUCAACGCGGCAAAAUCUUGUUUAACGUGCUUGUUUUAUAUACAUGUACACACACUUACACACACAUAUAUAUACAUGACAUGUAUGUGUAUACCCAUAUUUGUACAUAUACAUGCAUGUAUUAUAUUCUAUUCUCAACAGUCGAUCUGUUGAAUAUCUCACCUCAAAUACACGUGCAUAAAUGUUGAAAGUCCUA